GCUGGCCUGCCAAUCCACAGAGCCUGCAGUGCUGAGUGCGUUCUUGUGGCUCCGCCGACCGUCUUUGACUUGAUCCCGGACUUGCUUGGCUGCGACAGCAUCGUGCCUCUCCGUCUCCAUCCGCUCUGCGAUUUCCGACAGUGACUCUGCCUCCGUCGCCGCUCUUUCCGGCAGUUCGACCUUGUCCCCCAUUUCCAGAACCGCACCCAUCGGUUGUAAUAUGCCGCCUCGCAGCGGCUCUGGGUCGGCAUCGCCGAGCAACAACUCUGGCAAUUCCCGCAAGCAAACACCGAGGCUACAGGACAAUCAUUUCCGCCAGCCGGUGACUCGAAAGCAGUCGCAGGCGCAAUUGCAGCCAAAGUCCAAGACUCGGUCGCAGCCAGCAUCACAGUCGCCUGAAGAUCUGCCGAGUCCGCCUAUUCCCCAGCACAGCUCGUACCGAGUCCGAUCUGCCCGGUCAAAGGAGCUGCAGCUGCAGCUGCAGGAGCGGCCGGGUGCUGAGCCCCAGGGUGACUGUGUUUCCUCUCCUGUCGACUUCAAGCAAUCCCUAUUCGCCGACGACAGCACCGCAAGUGCUCUGUGGGGUCUGCAGAACGAGGGCUCGCAACAAGCUCCGUCGAGCCCCUCUCGAUCAAAAGACCUAUUCCUCUCGAGCCCUUUCCAAGCGAGCACAUUCUCGGGAGUCGGCGGUGGACGAAGCGACCUCAUCAAGCCAUGCCCUGGAGACUCGGACGAACUUUGGUCACCCAAGCAAACCUCAACAAGCACUGAUCCGCUGACGUCCGAGCACCACGAGACACUCGAGUUCCUGCUGGCUAUCUUCCCAAUGUUCACUCUCAGCCAAAUUAGCGAGACAUACCAGCGACACAAGCUCGAUAUUGUUUCAACGGUCGAAGAGCUCUUGCGGAUCAAUGACUUUGAUCUUGCCUCAUCUGCGCCUGACGACGAGGCCAGCGGUUCUGUCGAGGGCGAUCCGCCGUGCAUCGAAGGGCCCGCUGUCAAGCAAGAUGUCCAAGCCAGGGGCCCUUCACUCGAGAAGUCGUCGGCGUCCAGACCCACAGGCCUUGACGAUGCCGCACUGGAAUAUGUGCUCGAUACAGAGCCUCUUGAGCUCCUCGUCGACGCUCGUGCCCAGCAGCUUCAAGAAAUGUUCCCAGAUCAAAGCGUAGCGAAUAUCGAGGCGGCACUGGCCGUCUACAGAACCGUCGAUGCGACUGCAGAGUAUCUGCUCGAACAGGGUGAUUCUGACGACCACUCGAGGUCCCCAAGCUCCCAAACUGCGGGCUCCACAAAAACAGGCUCUCGACCGUCCCGACAACCUCGGGCAAGCCAGGAAGAGACACCGGCACAGGUGCGGACCGUUCGCAACGACGCUUCGAAAACAGUCACCAAGAUCAAGUCGGCGCGCAAGCCAGACCAGCCAUUGAAGGGCCAGGCACCGCAAGGAAGCCUGUCCUUUGAGAAUCUCGUCAGAACCGUCCAGGAGAUUUUCCCGGAUGUGCCAGACCAGCAGAUCCUCGACGCUGUCGUCGAGUGUGGAAACAACGUCGACAUGAUCACGGACGUGAUCAUGGCUGGCGGCUUUGCGCGCCAGCGAAGCGGGACCGGAAUCGACAAGCUAGACAGACUCGUUGAAUUGUUUCCUGGCCGCAGCGUCGAAGAGCUACGUCGGGCCCUCAUUGACACCGGCUCGGUUGAGGGCGUCUUUGAGUACUUUGAGCAGCUCGAUCGGAUCAGAAGAGACCCGGCUUGGACCUGCUCGCGCAACCUUGGCGUUGACACAGAGCUCGGUAGAAGCGAAGAUGCUGAUGGCGUCGUCAUGAGGGUCGCGGGCAAGGGAUCGUCUGUGUCUGGUCGUGUCAAGUACGAUGGAGAUGACAUUGACCAAGCUAGAAUUCUGAAACUCGCGGGCGAGACCAGCCAAACUGGCAUGCCCGACUCCAAGGAAUUGCGGGGCCUCGCGCAACUAUACCACGAGCGCCGCUCCGAGUUGUAUCGACGGGCUGUCGAUGCUUACCAACGCGGCAAGUCGACCCAAGCCGGCACCGCUCGUUAUUAUGCCGAUGAGGGCCAAAAGGCAACUCUGAAAAUGCAAGAACUCAACAGGCAGGCUGCUCAUGCCAUCAUCCGGGAAAACAAACUCAAGCACAAUGACGACAAUAUCGUUGACUUGCACGGUCUGACUGUUGCGGAAGCUAAGGAGUAUAUCGAUAGAGAGCUUGAUCGAUGGAGACGCAACAAAGCCUCGUCGCGCAAGCCACUGACCAUCAUUUGCGGCCAGGGAAACCACUCCAAGGGCUCAGUUGGCCGUCUUGACAAGCUGAUAUUCGAAUAUCUGAAGCAACAGGGCUGGAGCUUGCAGCGGGAGCGUGCAGGCGCAUUUGUGGUCCGGCCUGAAAAGUAGAAUAGAUCAGGCAUCUGCCCGGAGGAACCCACGUCGGCCACUCUACUUGUGGGGGGGCGGUCUCACAGCG